AUGGCCGACGUCCAGAAGCCCACUGAGGUCCCUGAGACCACCCCUGCCGUCGUCGCGGAGCCCGUCGUCCCUGAGACCACGCCCGCCACCGACGCUGCCGCCGCCACCGAGACGCCCGCCGUCGCGGAGACCAAGCCUGAGGAGCCCGCUGCUGCCACCGAGGCCGCCGCUGAGACUGCCGCCCCCGUCGAGGAGGCCAAGAAGGAGGUCAAGCCCGUCGAGAAGGGCAAGCUCGAGCACAAGGCCACCCCCGCCAGCUUCCCCAAGAACUUUGUCUACUCCAGCCAGGAGUUCUGGUUCGGCGGUGACGCCGUCGCCUCCGACAAGCUCGCCGCCUACCUGAAGAACGAGAAGGCCACUGAUGUCGCUCACCACGUCGUCUCGUGGGCCUCUGAGACCGGCAAGGGUCUCCUGUUCUACGGCAAGACCGAGGCCAACCCCACCGGCGUCAUCCAGUUGUCUGAGGCCAGCGAGCCUACCGUUGAGGGCAGCAACAAGUUCACUGUCACCUCCAAGGGUCACAAGCACGCCUUCAAGGCCCCCACCGCCGCUGACCGUGACAACUGGGUUGAGCAGCUCAAGCUGAAGAUUGCUGAGGCCAAGGAGCUCGCCACCACUGUCACCGAGUCCGAGUCUUACAAGAAGACCCUUGAGACCCUGAAGCCUGCCAAGAAGGAGGAGAAGCCCGUUGUCGCUGCUGCUACUGAGACUCCUGCCGCCACUGAGGAGGCUACCCCUGUUGCUGCCGAGGCCACUGAGGCCCCCGUCACCGAGGAGGCCAAGAAGGAGGAGCCCAAGGAGGAGCCCAAGCGCCGCUCUGCUAGCCGCAAGCGCACCAGCAUCUUCGGCAACCUCCUGAACAAGAAGGAGGAGGUCAAGGAGAAGAAGGAGGAAAAGAAGGAAGAGAAGAAGGAAGAGGAGGCCAAGAAGGAGGAGACUCCUGCUGCCACCGAGCCCGCCGCUGAGGUUGCUGCCGCUGAGGCCCCUGUCACCACCGAGGCCCCCGCUACUGAGGCCGCCACUGAGGCAGCCCCCGUCGCUGAGGAGAAGCCCGCUGAGGUCAAGCCCACCCCCACCAAGCGCUCCAGCAUCUUCGGUGGUCUGUCCUUCGGCAAGAAGAAGGCUGACGCCGGCUCUGCCCCUACCACCCCGGCUACUGAGACUGCUCCCGCCGUCGAGACCGCUCCCGUGACCGAGACUGCCCCUGUCAUCCCCGCCGUCGAGACCACUGAGCCCCUCUCUGCUGAGGUCGCUUCCCCCGCCACUGUCCCCACUGAGACCACCGAGGCUACCCCUGCCACCAACGGUGAGACCAAGAAGGAGGUCAAGAGCGAGAAGCGCAAGUCCAGCCUGCCCUUCGCCUUCGGCAAGAAGGAGAAGUCCCCUGCCUCUGAUGAGGAGGGUGAGAAGAAGGCUUCCCCCUUCUCCAAGCUCCGCCAGACCAUCAAGGGCAAGGGCAAGUCCACCGAGAAGCCCGCUGACAAGCCCGCUGAGACCACCGAGGCUGUUGCUGAGGAGGACAAGGCCGUCGAGCCCGUUGCCGCCACUGAGGGUGAGGCUGCCAAGACUGAGGAGACUCCCGCUGUUGUCGAGGAGGCUGCCGAGAAGCCUGCUGCCACCCCUGCCGUCGCCGCUACCGCAUAG